AUGGUCCGUCCCGCCGGUCUUUUUUCCAAUCGAUACAAACUGGAGGAUAUCCCCGAUCUCAGUGGGAAGGUCGCUGUGGUUACUGGAGGAUCCAGAGGUAUAGGAGAACAGGUAGUGAGUGCUCUAGCACAAAAGGGAUGUGAGGUACACAUUCUCUCCUCUACCGAAGCCCAUGCUCGCGAAGCUAUCGACAAGAUCACCAAGUCAACUUCCGUCUCCGCUUCUCUCCUUCACCAUCACACGAUCGAUCUCGGAUCUUUAGCCGAUGUCAUCUCACUCUCCAAGACCCUCUCAUCCUCUCUUUCGAGGUUGGACAUACUCUACCUUAUCGCUGGUGUUGGCGUUGCUCCCUAUGGCGAAACGAACGAUGGGAUUGGGAACCACUACGGUGUCAACGUUCUCGCUCAUAUGGUUUUGGUUGAUGGCUUGCUUCCUAAGAUGCGCGAGACUGCACAGACCAAGACGGGAGACGAAAAAUGGACCACGAGGAUCGUCGCGGAAUCUAGUGAAUUGCAUCGAGCGGCUCCGAGUGAAAUCAAAUGUGAGGAUUUGGAAGAAAUGAAUAGUGAGGAUAUGGAUCCGACCAAGUUGUAUGGCAGGUCGAAGCUUUUCGAUCUUAUGUUCAUUCGCCAACUAGCCUAUCACCUUCCCCCUCUGGCUUCCCCCACUCCUAUCCUUGCUCUUUCUGUUCACCCUGGAGCGGUACAGACGGAACAACAACAAGGUGCCACUGAAGUUUACGGUCUUCCUGGUAAAGCUCUGGAGGUAGUAGCAAGUUGGGCAUUCAUGACGCCUGAUCAAGGUGCUGAAUCGGCGUUGUGGGCUGGAACAAGUCCCGCAGUCGGAGAAAGAAGAGAAGAGGCUCAGGGAAGGUAUUUCACCGAAGCAGACGGCAAAGUAGACACGGAGAGUGCUCAAGGCCAGGAUCAGGAAUUGGGUAGGAAGUUGUGGGAUUUGAGUGUGAGGGUAUUGAAGGAGAAAGUUGGGUAUGAGGUGAAGAUGUGA